GGAGUGGCGGUGCUGCUGCUGCUGCUGCUGCUGCGCGGCGGAGGCGCCUUUCCCCGCUCCCCUGCUCCGGCGGCCUCCGGGCGCCCCUCGCCAGCGCCGCUCCGCCCCACGUAGCUUUCCGCUCUCUCCCCCCGCCGCGCUUCGCAGCGGGCCGCGCCGGACGAAGAGAGAAGGGAAGGAGCCGCAGGCCGCCGCGCAGCAGCCAGCCCCGAGGGAGAGCCCACCAUGUCGCGGCCGCUCCCGCUGAACCCCACCUUCCUACCUCCCACCUACGGGGUGCUGAAGUCCCUGCUGGAAAAUCCCCUCAAGCUGCCGCUUGCUCACGAAGACGCAUUCGGUAAAGAGAAAGACAAAGAGAAGAAAUUAGAUGAUGACAGCACCAGUACCACAGUCCCUCAGUCAGCUUUCUUGGGCCCAACAUUAUGGGACAAGACACUGCCAUACGAUGGAGACACUUUCCAGUUGGAGUACAUGGACCUGGAAGAAUUCCUCUCAGAAAAUGGCAUUCCACCCAGCCCAAACCAGCAUGAGCAUAGCCCGCACCAGUCAGGUCUCCAGCAAGCUACCUCAGCAUCACCUUCUGUCAUGGACCUCAGCAGCAGGGCUUCUACUUCAGUCCACCCAGGCAUGGUGUCGCAGAACUGCAUGCAGAGCCCAGUCAGACCAGGUCAGAUCUUGCCAACAAACCGAAACACACCAAGUCCCAUUGAUCCUGAGACUAUCCAAGUUCCUGUUGGCUAUGAACCUGACCCUGCAGAUCUUGCUCUUUCCAGUAUUCCUGGCCAGGAGAUGUUUGACCCUCGUAAGCGCAAAUUUUCUGAGGAAGAGCUGAAACCACAACCGAUGAUUAAGAAAGCUCGCAAAGUCUUCAUUCCGGAUGACCUGAAGGAUGACAAAUACUGGGCAAGGCGCAGAAAGAACAACAUGGCUGCUAAGCGAUCGAGGGAUGCCCGCCGCCUGAAGGAAAACCAGAUCGCCAUCCGCGCCUCGUUUCUGGAAAAGGAGAACUCAGCACUCCGCCAAGAGGUGGCUGACUUACGGAAAGAGCUGGGCAAAUGCAAGAACGUUCUUGCCAAGUACGAAGCUCGACACGGCCCCCUGUAAAUUCAAGGGGGGGGAAGUGGGUUUUUUCUUUUUUCUUUCUUUUUUUUUUUUUUGUUGCAGGUUGGCAUUUGAAUAGAUGGACAAUGUGUUUCCUGUUUGAUAGCACCACACCCAAACCAACCUUUCUGUCUUCAGCACUUUACCAGAAGCAGAAACAAAACUGACUUACUUUAUUUUUUUGUUUGCGUAUGUGUGUAUCUGCGUAUGUGUGCACACGUGUGUUCACACGUCUGUAUAUGUGUGUGUGUGUGCGCUUGUGUGUGUGCUUGUGUAUCUGUGCGUGCGUGUGUGUAUCUGUGUGUGCGCACGCAUCUCAGCACUUCCCAUUUUUAUGAAGCCCUCUUCAAAGGGUGCCACAUUUUUACCUGGACUGUUGAGAACCGCCAUAGUAAGCUUUUUAUUAUAUUUUUUUUCAGUGCUGCUUCAGAUUAGGGUUUUUAUGUUAUUGUAACCAGUUCCAUCCUCCUGAUUUACUUGGAAAGAUCCCAGUAUAAAUUGUAAAAAAAGGAAAAAAAAAAAGAAAAAAGAAAAAAAAAGUAGAUCUCAGUUUUUCGAGAGUAACAAGCUGUUGUUUAAGUAUGUCUAAUCAGAAAAGUUAACAUGCUAAUAAAGUGCACAAAUAAUAAUUUAGUGCUACACUGCAGAAAUAUUAAUUUAUAGAUUGCUUUUGUUGUAUUUUAAGUUUUGGUGAUAAUUGUCUCAGAUUUAAAGUGCUGUUAGACUGAGUUAGCUAUACUCAUUAUAGACCCCAUAAUGGCUUAUCUAUAGCUAUUAAGGUUCCUUUUCUUUCCACAGACCCCAGAUAGCUAGGAGUACUAUUGAUAGACCACAGAGUGUGUAUUUUGCACUGUCUGUACCUGAAGCAAUAAUCCUAUUGUACGCUAGCGCGCAUGCUGCCCGGGUGUUCCUAGUGGACGUAGGAUGGUUUCCCUACCCAACAGGAGUUUUAAUGUCUUUAACAAAAAAAAUUAGGACAUAAAAGACACGUUAAUGUGAGCAUGCUAACUGUAUCCCUGCUACAGGGAGCGCAUGUGUAAGAAGCAGGAUAAUUAGUUGAAACAAGAACAAAAUUAAUAGUAUCAAAUCAGAUCCGAUGUUGAAAUCAGAGGGGCUUUUUUUGUUUUCAGUUAGUUUUGCAUUUCGUCACGUUCCAUUUUGUGAUUAAAAAUUAAAUAAAUAUCUGAAUUCAGUUGUUUUUUUCCCAUGUUUUGUAAUAUAUUUUCUGUGGAUUAUAUCUUGCUGUUUAAAAAAAAAUCACUUUUAUUCAGUUAGAAGAAGUCACUGGUUUGCAAAGCCCAUCUUUCCUAGUGAUUGUUGUUUUGAGUGUGACAUGAACUGAUGGUUCUGAACUUUAUUAUGUUUUAAUCUCUCUAUUUGCUUUUGAACACGUGUUCUAAUAUAAAGUGGACUUCUGAAAAAUGAAUGUAAGAGACACUGGUGUAUUUCAGAAGGGGAUGGUGUUGUCAUAUACUGUGGUUAAUCCAAUCAAUUAAAUGUUUACUAUAGACCAAAAGAAUAGAUAUUAUAAAGUGUAAAAAGUUUAUACAGAAUAAUUAUAGUAUGUUCGUUUUGUACAGUAUUUUUCAAGUACAAAUACUGACAAUGUAUUUUGAAAGACAUAUAUUAUAUAUAGCAAAAAGAAAACGCUAUUCCAUGUUUAAAAUAUAUAGCAAAGAUAUAUAUUCUCCAAUAUUGUACAGAAAGGAAAUGCUUAAGUUUUUCGUUUUUUUAAAAAAAAUCUUUACUAUUUUAAGCCUACCACUGGCACAUCAGUAUGUUUUGUGCUUUAAAUUAAAUUUUUAUGGAAGUAAUAUGGCUUUCCAGGAGUUCCAUAUUAUUAGAAAAGAGAGACUUUAUUAUUUUCCAUGAGAAACAGCUAUUUAACAGGAACAAAGCACAACACAUUUUAAUCAGCUCUUGAUUGGACAAUACAAUAUUUUAUAAAGGCAGAAAAAUAAUAUGUAGUACAAAAAAACUCACAUUCAUUUCUAAUCUGCUGCUGCUGCUAGAAUUUGUUUCCAGCUGAAUUCUUUUUUUUUAUGAAUAGCUCUGUUCAUUUAUACAGUUGUAUGUACCGCAUAUGUUUAUUUAACAUGUGAGGAAAAUACGGUGCUACAUGUCUUGCUCACAGUUUUCUAAAAGUGUUUUGACAUCAUUAUUUUCAAAUAGAAAGGUUGUUCAUUCCAUUAAAUCAUUAUUCAAGCUUCAGGAGAUUGUUACAGAGGACUCAACAUUUUGUUCAGCAUUAAACAUACCCUUGCAUCAACGGCAUUUUUCCAGUAUUUUUUUUUCCUCAAAUGUAUCCGACUUGUCAGUGUCCCGUAAUGUGCAGUGCUUGCCUGUGGACCAUUUAUUCAGUGCAUUGAAUUUCCAUGUGCUGCAGCAAAGUUUAAAAAGUGUAGCAAGUUAUUUUCUAAAGGUCAGUAUAAGCCGCUGGAUGCAAGGGUAGCGAAAUGAGGCUGAAAGUGUUUGAUAAAAGUCAGUAUAUCUGCUAUAUCGACUAUGAAAGAAACCUUUUUUUUUCUUUUUUCUUUGGCAUAGGUUUUUGCCAGUGGCAGGGUUCAGUUAGCCAGCCACUACCGUGGAUACACUUUCAGCAGCAACAGAGCCAAUUGCCACAGCAUUAUAAUUGCCAUUGCUGUGAUUAUUCUUGGGGUGAUACUUAAAUGACAGAAAUUGGGGGUGUGGUAUCGUUAGCUGGUAUGUAAAUAGCUAGACCCAUUAAUGGGUUACAUUGUGACCACAAAAACGUUCAUUAAAACACAAAAGGCAGCUUGGAAAAAAAUUAUAGAGGAUUAUUUUGUUUCUUUUGGGCAGGGAAGGGGUAGGAGGUGAUAAUCUGUAUAAGGCAGGUAUCAGGGGUGUAUUAAUCCACAGUGCAGGACUUUUAGCUACUCACCUCUUUUACUGUGAGGGUUGGGUACCCUAGCUCAACUGAAAAGCUCACUUUUCUUAAAAAAAAAAAAAAAAAAAAAAAAAAAAAGAGAGAGAGAGAGAGAAAGAGAGAAAGAGAAAUAUGUAUAGGAUAAAACUUGGAAAAAAAAAACAGGUUUUCCAAUCAGGAUGUCUCCCCAGAAUAACAGUAAUAAAUAAAUAAAUAAAUAGAUAGCUAGAUAGAGAUUUGUCAUCUCGUUUUCAGUUCGUAAGGACAGUUUAGCUGGGAUCAUCAGGCCUCUGAUGGCUUUGUUGCUCGUAAAGGAGCUCAUAGGUCUAUCAAAUUAUAAUUUUAUAAAAAUAGAAAUAUAUAUAUUUGCAGAAUAAUUAAUAGUGUCUCUAAAUAAUUUGCUGACCUUGAUUAAACAGUAAGCAUUGUUAAAAUGCUUUUUUUUCCCUGAAACUUAAAAGUGCAUUUUUUUAAAAAAAGAAAAGCCCUCUAAAAUAAUAAAUUGAAUUUGAGACAUUUAUGAAUCCUAGCACCUUGGGAAUCUGCUUGGGAAAGUGUAUGGCGGGAGGGCUUGGGAUUUUUCUUUUUUUUUUUUUUGUGGCGUGGUGCCAGAGUCAGUAAAUCUAGCACCACAGGAUUAAAGUUCUGACUUGAAUCCGCAAAAGCAAGAAAUUCAAAAGGAAAGGAUGGCAUCUGAGCUGGACGUUAAGCUUACUCACUGGGUUGUGUCUAUACAUGCAUGCACAACUAUUAUAUAACUCUGCAGAAGCUGUAAGUAAGUUUGCUGAGUUAAGUAGAGCCAAAGCAGCCCCCUCCCCAAGAUAUUUGAAUUUCUUGCCUUUGUGGGUUUGUAACAGCCCCAAUUAUUACUUUAAAACUAUUUUUGCAUGUGAUUUACACUAGAGAUGUGCAUUUAUUUUUGUUGCGCUUUUUUUUUUUAAUGUGAAGAAAAAAAAAAUUAUGUGUAUCAAAACUUACAAGUGAUCAACCAUUGUAUUUCUGGCAACACCACAAGACAGCAUCUGUUUAAAUACAAGUUUAACAGAUAUAAGAUCAAAUUAAAUGUAUGACAUGAAAUGGAUUGCAUCCUGUAUGCUUUUCAACCCAAUUUUUUUUUUGUCUGUUAUUCUUAAUGUUUAAUAAACUUUUAAAUUUUUUCUUCUCUCAA